AUGCCCACAUCCAUCAUGCAGAAAAACUACAGUAAUUGUCCGCUUAAGAAGCGUCCAGUCUUCAUGUCGAAGGAGGAAGCGUUGAAAAAUGAAUCAGAUGGUGAGAUGGAACCAGAAAAUCUGAGCACCAAACCGCAGGACCUCUCGAUGAAGUCCAUGAAGAAGAAGGCUCGCUCGGAAUCACCCGAGCUGGUGGUGAUCAAGGCGGAGGACACUCUGCCCACACCGCCACCCUCCUCCUCCCCCGCCCCCAGUGAUACCAAAUCUCCACUGUCCAUCCCAACACCGACCUACGGCACACUGCCCGCGAUGUAUUAUGGAGGAUCGCGAUCACCUGCUUCCUUCCCACCGGUCUAUCCCGGGUUCCCGUACGCGUUGCCAUACCCUGCCGACUUCUACAGCGCGUACCAUCACCAGCAGAGCCAGCAGGCGCAGCAACAUCCGGCAGGGUUACCGCAUCAGCUGCACCACCACCAUCACCAUCUGCACCAUCCGCUCCACAGCCAGAUCUCGCCACCGCGCUCGGAACCGCUGUCACCGUACAGUGCCGGCCAGCACGAUACCUCCGGCAGUCCGUCCGCCUCCCCGACCCAUCUCUUCCGCCCGGACCGUCACUCGCUUUCGCCCCCUCCGUCGAUGGUGGUUCCGGCCUACCCGGCCGAACUGCGCCUGACCCAGAACAACAACAUCAUCAAGUCGGAGUCGGCGUUCGUACGGGCCCAGCACCGCUACAUGCCUUACCCGCUGCACCAUCCCGCCCACCACCAUCACCUGAUGAUGGGGUCCGUGGCCGAUCAUCCAUCGCUUUCGCCCGCCUCCAGCCAUACCUCGUUCAACUCGUACCUCUCGUCGCGGGGCCGCUCCCUGUCGCCGAUCUCCUCGUCCGCACCCGCCAGCCCGGGUGCCGAUUCCGAGGAGAACAACAACAGCCUUAGUGUGACGAACGGUAACAGCACCUCGCUCUCGUCCUCGUCCGGCUGCUCGUCGAUCCUCACGGAAAAGUCCACCUCGAGCGCCAACAUCCAGAAGAAGGAGGGCGAAAAGGGUGCGCCGCAGUCGGGCGGGGCACCGCGCUACCAGUGUCCGGACUGUGGCAAAUCGUACUCCACCUACUCGGGGUUGUCGAAGCACCAGCAGUUCCACUGCCCAGCGGCGGAAGGUAACCAGGCGCAGAAGACGUUCGUGUGCAAGGAGUGUGACAAACCGUACAAAACGCUCGGCGCGCUGAAGAUGCACAUCCGGACGCAUACGCUACCGUGCAAGUGUACGCACUGCGACAAGGCGUUCUCGCGGCCGUGGCUGCUCCAGGGCCACAUCCGUACGCACACGGGCGAGAAACCGUUCGUGUGCAAGCUGUGUUCGCGUGCGUUUGCCGAUCGGUCGAAUCUGCGCGCACACCAGCAAACGCACGAGGAUGUGAAGCGGUUCAAGUGUCCGACGUGUACGAAAUCGUUCUCGCGCCUUCCGCUGCUCACGAAGCACGCUGAAACUGGAUGUCCGGGUGGAUCGGGUGGUAGCAGUACGGCCGGAUCGCCCGUGCCCUCGCUUACCCGGUCGGACAGUCCACACUCCCAGAGUGCCUCCUGUAACAUCCCCGAAGACAGCUUCAUCCCGACCGUGUUGCCCCACGGCAGCAACAUUGCCGUGUACUAG